AUGUCCAGGAGAAAACAGGCCAACCCUAGGCCUCUGAAAGCUUUGGAUGAUAAUGUUGAGGCAGAACGUGAUGAGAGCUUGUCCAAUAUUUCCUACAAAAUGGUGGCUAUUACAGACCACAUACAGCUCAACGGGGAAAUGCCACAGGACUCGGACCCCGAUGACUUUGAUGAAUAUGGUCCCUUAGUUGUCGAUACCUCGAGGCAGCCAUUGGAUGACGAUGAUGAGAAAGAUAACAUACACCAGCCAAGCUCAGUAAGUGGUCUCCAUCUCUCAGAAAUACAGGCUCCUGGUCUAGGACCUCACCUGGACGCCUCCUCAGUCGUCGAGACUGUAACGGGUCAGGAAGACGCACCCUCUAGUCAGCCUAUAACAGAUCUCCAUCGUCAGUCAAUAGGAAACCAUCUUCCCCUUGUCAACGACGAUUCAAAUCUUUCAGCAUCUAGAACUCCGUCCGUCACCUCUUCGGAUCAACUUAGCCCGGGAGGUUUUAGUUCUAGUAUUUCCUCCUCGAAGACACAUCGACGCGGUAUCAGAAACCACUGUUUAAGUAGCGAGAAGGAUUUAACCCUGAAGGAAGAUGAUCAAACUGAAAACAAGAUUCUACCUGUAGCCAGCGAGACUGGAGAGAGCCGAUACGUCUGUCCUAUCUGUAACCAGACGCUGUCCUCAUCCCACGAAUUAACUGUCCACAUCCGAACCCACAACACUCACACGGGUUCAGCCUCACAGGCCAACUCAUGCACAAUCUGUGGAAAAAGUCUUAGUUCCCAGAGCUCACUAGACAGACACAUGUUGGUGCAUUCCGGUGAACGACCUUUUAGGUGCAAAUAUUGUAACAUGUCAUUUACAACGAAUGGAAACAUGCAUCGACACAUGCGUAUCCAUACCAAAGAAACUGAAAUGAACGCUGGUGGUGUCAAAGUUCAGAGAAAACGUGCACAGUCUUGGAAGCCCAAACUGAAUAGUUUCAUCCAGAUAGAACCAACCUCAUCAUCUAAACAUGUUGGCGGUUUAACAGGGUCACCACGGUUACUCGGAAAUGAUCUCAUCCAGGGGUCACCUCAGCUCGCAAAAGAACUCACAUCCGACUCUAACACAAGGUUUCAGUAUUCUAAAACCUCCACCCCAAAGACACCUGUCACUCCUGGUGCCAAAAGGUCGUUUAAUUUCAUCAAUGUCUCACCAGGAGAUUGGUCAGUGCCAUCGCUCAAACGAAACAAAAUGAUGGAAGAGGGAGUGAAAACAGAAAAAGAAACGGCUAAAUCAAUUCAUCAAGCUCUUCUAACAAAUGUUUCACCUUCUGAAGAAAAACCUGAGGAUAUGGAGGUAUUUAAUGGCGAUGAUAAGGAUGUUGAACAGCUCCACUGUCCAGUUUGUAACAAGGCUUUCAUCUGUAAGUACGGUUUGGAGAACCAUAUCCGUGAGAACCACCCAAACUUCUCUCUCAAGUGCAACCUGUGUCACAUCACUUUCCACACACUCCGCAGCCUCAGUCUGCACAAGACCCUGGUACAUGCGAAGGCACAGCAGACAGAUAAGGAAGAUGACGAGAGCAAGGAGGACGUGAAAGUGGCCACCACAGCUGUCAUAGGAUUUUAUGAUCUCAGCUUUGUUGACUUCUCCAUCAAAAAGUUUUCUUUGAUCGCAAAGUCAUGGUGCGAGCAGAAUGCCAGGAAGUCCAGCAGUGUGUAUCACCAUUUUGUCUGUAAGGAAUGUUCUAAAGCAUUUCCUUGUAAAGGUGCUUUAAAACUGCAUCUCAACACCCACAGUCGUGCCAAGACAUCGCAAUGUCCACUUUGUGAGUGUGACUAUAUGACAACUAAAGAACUCCACAUGCAUAUGAUCAAGCAUAUGUCUGAUAAAGCAUUUGCUGACGCUCAGAAACCAGUGCAAUCCAAUCGUCGUAAACCAGUAAAGGACUUGAAAGCCGAGGAAGUUGGCAAACACGAUUUCUUGGCUUCUUUUGGACUCACUGCUAAUGUGGAGUCUUUAGAUGGUACAGAGAAGGAGCAAAGACUGACUGCAUCCAGUGACAAAUUCAAAGUUCUCGAACGAAAAGAAAAUAAUGAAUAUUUUGCAAAACUUGGACAAAUAUUCUCGCCAACUGUCUCACCAAUUCAUCCCUCCAAGAAAGCCGAGUCUGCUGACAAUGACAACGACUUUGCAAACAUUUCCAAGAUUUUGCAGACGUCUGCCACAGGAGGUCUUCUUGCUGGCCUUCCAGCACAUGUUGCUGGUCUGGAACAGCUUGGUCUACUCAAUUCUUCUCAACUAGCAGCUUUUAUGCCGUCACUUUUAAAUUCCUACAAUCAUCCGUCUUUCCCCCCAACAAUGGCCGCCAUGAUGAAUGCCAGUCACAUGAUGAAUCUAGCCAAUCAAGGGGCCGCUAGUCCACUUUCCACACCGCCACCUCCCAGUGAAGGUAAUAGCAGUGCUGGUAGUGCAGCUUCACCUGGCAACGAUUCGAAGAUCACUUUCCCCUGCAAAUACUGUGACUUGGUCUUCCCGAAUUACAGAGCACUCAAAAGUCACACUCGUACCCAUCUAGGCCUUUCUCCGUACAAAUGUAAUCUGUGUAGCUACUCCAGUGCUGACAAGAGCACCCUUAUUCGCCACCUUCGCACACACAAUGGCGAGCGUCCUUUCCAGUGCCGUGUUUGUGACUUUGCUUUCACCACUAAGGCUAACUGUGAACGCCAUGUCAGGAAGAAGCACGGUAAAAUAGUGAAGGAAGACAUAGAGAUGGCAAUUGGCUACAACAAAUAUGUUUCUGAGCGUUCUGCUAUGGACUCUUUCCAUUCCCCAGACACCGUCUGUAAGUACUGUGGUGUUGACUUCAAGUUCUUCCGUGCACUGAAACACCACCUAAGAUCUCACAGCAGCUGUCGUCAGAAGCCAUUCCAGUGUACUCGCUGUGAUGUCGGCUUCUCCACAAAAGCCAAUUGUAUCCGCCACAUCCAGAAACAACACACUGAAAUCUCACAGAACCACAUCGAACAGUACAUCCUGAUUCAUGAGCCUCUCCCCGGAGAAGGAAGUGACCGUUCAGAUGGCGCUCUUUCUGAUGACAACACAAGUCAAGAAUCACCAUCUAACCCACCAGCCGCUCACUCUAACUCUCGACUGAUCAUGACCCCCAACAGCAGCCGUGCACAGUCUCCCAUGGUUAUAAAGUCAGAACCAAUCGACCAUGAAAUAGAGGAUAUUCCACUUGAUUUCAGCGUCAAAUCCUCGUCUGCUAACUCGACUCCUAGUAUCAUACCACGAGGAACUCCAAACAAGAAGGUAUCCAAGUCAGAGGAACUGCCCAUGGACCUGUCAAUCAAGAGAAAGAUUGACAGCCCAGUGCCAAUGAUAUCGCCCAAUAACAAACAGAAGGUUACUUAUGAUAAUACCCUUCACCAGUGCCAGUUUUGUCCAAUGGGUUUCUCCAGCCAGCGUGUCCUUGACCGCCACAUCUGGCAACUCCACCCACAGAUCGCUGAAGUUAUGGGUAAACACUACUUCACUCCAAUCCUUUCAUCACCGGCUGACAAGUCUGUGACCUCGGGAAAUCUUCGCCUCCCUCUGAAGCUUCCUAUUGGAGAUACAACUGCAGACUCAAGAUCGCAGACCCCAAAGUCGACAAACUCAGAACCCAGAAAGUCAAAUAUCUUGGAUCGAAUCAAACGUGAAGCUUGUUCUCCAUCUGGAAGUUCCCAAGGUACCGACACCAACUGUGACCUGGCCUCCGUGAAAAAGAUCAUUGACACCACUAAUGCCAACCAUUUCCAGCUGUACCUACAAGAGAAUAUUGGAGAUUCUGACUCCCAGGAUCGCAGCGAAGCUGCUGAUGGAGAGUACGAGGAUCUCGACAUGCCGGAAAUUUCCGACACCGAUAGAGAUGAAUCUGCCCUGGUCAUUGCUGAAGAUCCCCCAGUAUUGAGCCCACGCUCAAAAGCUGACACCAACUCAGACACGAGGAGCAACAACGGGGAUGAUGAUAUGCCUGAUCUUAAUAAACUGCUGAGUAGUGAACUACGACAACAGAUCCAGGCUGCACAACAAGCCGAACGAGAAUACAUUCCUAACCAUCAGGUGGAGAAAAUAAAGGGAGAUAACAUCAAGAAGAAGCGCAACUCCUACGCUGAUUCUCCCCAUAAACUACAGUGUCCAUACUGCACACGAACCUUCCCCUGGGUUAGCUCCCUUACAAGACAUCUCCUUACCCACACAGGUCAGAAACCAUUCAAAUGCCCAAAGUGUCCAGUGACGUUUUCAACAAAAUCAAAUAGAGAGCGCCAUCUUAUCCGUAAGCACGGCGUGAACAUGAUGGAUCCGAUGUCGCGUCAAACCAUGGACAGGCCAUACAAGUGUCAUCUGUGUGUUUUUAGCUCAUUUUCCACGCAAGGAAACUUGCUGAAGCACUACAAGGAACGCCACAACGGCUGCAGUUUGCCGGAUUCUCUGGUUGACCUGGACAAGGCGGUCACGACAGGACUGGCCACAACCCUGAGUGGUGAGGAAAGGUCACUCGCUAGAGAUAAAGCCCUGGGUAUCACCAGAGAUGAUGUCCUUGAGAACAGCUCUUAUGCAGCUGAAGAGCAGCUCAACCAAUCGAUGGAGAAUGAGCGCCCAGAUGAUAGAUUUAUGUCGAUGAACAUGGACACAACUUGUAAAUCUGACAACGAGGAAGAUGAUGACUUGGAUAAUGCUGUUAUGCCUACUAUGGAGGAUAUUAACAACUCCAUCAACAGCAGUCUUAACAACUCCUCAAAACACGCUGGCUCGGCUGAGCGACAGAUCAACCCAGAACGUGAUAAUUACAAUGUUGACAAGAUCACCGACUGCUGGAACUGUGGCGAGAAAUUUGUAUCUCGAAAGUUGUUGGUACGACAUCUGAAGGAACACAACAUCGAUCUGCCUUUCAAGUGCUAUUUGUGUGAUGCUUCAUAUGAUGUCCGUUUGGAUUGCCUUGUACACCAAGAGAAAUUCCAUGCCACUGACUGGGUGAUCCUGAAGGACAAAAACAAGGUCGAUGACAUCGACUCGUUUUCCCGUCACAUGGACAAGGUAGUGGAAAACAACUGUAACAAAGUCGACCAAGGUGUCAUCCUGGAGAUACCGGGCCAGAGCGCCGAUGACCCCAAGAUGGAGGUCGUGUCAGCUGACUAUAUGCAGCGAAAAGUCUACUGCUCUCUUUGUCCGAAACGCUUUUGGUCCCUACAGGAUCUUAGGCGCCACAUGCGGUCCCAUACAGGAGAGCGACCAUUCGAGUGCGACAUCUGUCAGAAACGAUUUACACUGAAGCACAGUAUGAUGAGGCACCGUAAGAAACACAUGGAGUCUGGUUCUCUCAGCCCGAGUGAUGACGAGGACACCAACCCUUCUGCUGAUGAUUUGUCUUCUCUAAAGAUCAAGGGACCACGUUUGCUGCCAAAGCCAAGUCCAAACAUGGUUGUCAAACAAACGUCAAUUCCCAUCCAGCUAUCGCAGCCUCGUCCCAUCAGGCCGAUAGCCAACAUGGCUGCCAUUCCCAUCAUUGCUGCGAUGCCGACCAUGGCUGCCAUGCCGACUAUUCAUCUUAGUAACAGUUACAACCCUGUCAGUGUCAAUGGCGACCAGGCCACGGAACAAAAAGACAAGGUCAAUGUCAGCAGCAAGGGGACAACUUUGACCACAUCUGUCACCUUGGGAUCAACUCUGGGGUCACUCGGAGAGGGCAAGGACAACGACAUGUUACACAGUCUGUUAGGGGUGGAGAUGGGAUCUAUUGAUAGCAUGCUGGACUCAGCAGACAGUGCUGCCAGGCUCCUUGGAGUUAAUUAGACAAGCAUGCAGGACUCUUUGAUACUUUGGAUAGUGCCACAAGGCUAUGUGGAUCUGAUAAAAUUACCAAACUAGACUCUGCAGACAGUACUGGGAGGGUUGCAGGAGCACCUCAAAGUGAUUCAAAGAUGAUAUUUUCCAUCUGCUUGAAUAUACUAAUAUCAAAACAAGACAUGGUCAAGACCACUUUGCAAGGACCCUUUGUGUGGAGUCAGAACUCAGAUUCACUGACAUCCGAGUCAACAUGAAAAUCAAAAUUAACCAGAAAAGGUUGUGAAAGGAACUGGUAGAAAACAGCCAGAGAUGCAAAACUGCUCGAUAUCAUAAUUGUAGGAACUGUUGGGACUGCUGAAGUGGUGUCAAAAUUACUAGACAUUCUGUAGAAAUCACUGAUCUUUUGAAUGGAUAAAUUUCACCCCAUUUUGUGUGAUGUGUUCAGUUUAGAUGGCAAAACAACAAGAAAAAGUUCUAGGUCAUAUAUAGUGGUCAAUAAAAUGGACA